GCCACCACGAGAGCAGGUGCGCAGCACGAAAGCAAACAAGCGCUGUGCUGUGGAAUCUGCGGUGUCGGUGGAGCUUCCAACCAAAUAAAAAACAAAAAAAAAACGCUAUGAUUUGUGUGUAGGGGGGGCCACCGUGGAAUGUGUGUCAAACCGUUUCCCGUUCGUCCGGAUUAUAUCAUGUAGGGCAGGGCGUUUCUAGGCUAGGCGAUGGCAGCGGCUCGGUAUGACAGCAAGAAGCGGAAGUUUAGCGAAGGCCACCACCCGAUACAACCGCGCGCAAAACCCUCCUCCCCGAUGAUUCUGCCGGCCAGCAGAAGGAAACCGACGAAUGUUCUGCCACCGAACGCCACACCAAGCGUGGUGCGUAAGCUAGCGACGGUGCUACCACGGAUGCACCAGUCGACGGCACCGAUCUGCGCGGUUCCCGUGCCCGUUUGCACCGUUGGCACCGUGCGGAAGGUCGUGAUGGCGGAUAAUACCGACAGCAGUGGCCAGCUCGGGGCACGCUCGGUGGAUGCACCCGCCAAACCAAAGCCAGCGGGCCCGCCAGCGGGUGGCUUGAAUGCGAUUGUCAGCUUUGCUGGCAGUGGUGCCCUGCAGGUUAGCAUUCCGGCGCGCUCGCAAUCGCAAAGCCCCGCCGCCGCCGUCGCCGCCGCCGCCACCGCCGCCGCCGUACGGACGAUAGCAUUUGCGAAAUGUUCCCGUGAGGCGAAGGACAGUGUGCCGGCAGGCCCGCGGUCUACAGCGGCAUCGGAGACGAUUGCGGGCCAACCCGAGGCACAGUACAAUGUCGCUCCAGGUUGGCGGCGAGUGGUGCGCAAUCAAGUAGUCGUUUAUAUAAGUCCCUCGGAGAAGAUGCUGCACAAUUUGAAGCAAGUACGGGAGUAUCUGCUUUCCGCUGGCACCUGUAAGUGCGGUCUACCGUGUCCGUUUCAUCCCGAUGUGUUCUUUCAGUUCGAUUGUCAGGUACCGAACUUAAUGUUGGAAACAUCGAAAAAUGGGAAAACACUCUGUUCACAUUCGUUUGCUUCGUCGACGGUUCGCUCUGAAACGGCCCAUACAGCAUCCGUUGGCUUGGAUCGUAAGAAUCCUUUCUCGAGUGCAGGAGCGCAGCACGAACUGACCACCACAAAUCGUAAAGCCCGCUCGGGAGCGUUGAAAAAAAUACCAUCCUGGCGCAAAAGUGUAUCUCCGGUAUCGCUAUCCAAUCCUGCUGCUGCUGCUGUGGCGGCCCCAGUGACCACCCAGGCCACGAAGCUGCCGCUAGCGACGAAACUUGCCGGUCCUCUUUCCACCACCUUCGUGUUCAACACACAAGCACAGUCUCAGGCGGCCCAAACCAAACCACUCAGUAUAUCGAUCGGUGAAAAUCAAAUUCAAACCACAGACUACCCGGCAAAGGGAGCGGUGGAUGGUGGCAGUGCCGCCGCGACGAAGAGCUCACCCGGGGAGAAGAAAGUCACGUUCAAGGAUGAUCCAACGGGCUACCUGAACCAGCAGACGGCCAUGUUGCACAGUUCAAUAUCCAUUCUCCACUCGCCCGACCGCCGGUCACCGGGACCGGUGCCCGGUGGUGUGGCCAGCAACCGUCAAGCGGCAACCGUCAGCGAAACGGCCGCGAAUAAAGCCGCCCCACUUUGCCGCAGUAAAACGGUGAACCGGAUAGUGCCGAUGGUGCACACGGUGGUGGACACGUUGCAAAAGGAACGCCCACCGGUGGCGAGCAAAAACCGGGCGCCUUCGUCGUCUGGGUCAGCGCCAAUCGCCACCGAAGUCCAGUUAGUCGGUGGAGUGAGGCGAAAGUGCAACCAAAAAACCAAUAACACCCCCGCGGCAAAUGUUGAGCCGAAAGCGUCCCUCGCUGUCCGUAGCGAGGCGCGUUCCGCCGUGCCCGAUCCGUGCUCGCCGGCAAAGCAAACCAAAUUGAACCCGGCACGGAACAGCGAGCCAGCCAGUGGUGGUGCUGGGCCGUUUGUGAAGCUGGUAAACACGUCGCUGGCGUCCUGCCAGCAAAUGCUGCCCGCUGGAACCAUGGCAGGCAAAAUGGAGCCCACUUCGUAUCCCGCCAACGUACAGACUCUGGCGGGAGGUUCGAUGGCUUCCACCGGCACCGGCCACAUCGUUGUCAUCGAUCAGAACGCGCCAGCGAGUGCUGAGGCGAACCACUUUCAACUCACGGGUUACCCGGUACGCCCAUCGCCAGAUCAGUGCUACAUUGGGGCGGCAAAACCGCCAGCGCAACUGGCGGGCUACGAUAUCAAUCGGAAUCACGUUGUUGGCAGCGACGGAACGGUAACGCCCGUGCUGCUCAAUGGUACGAAUAUUAUCGUAAACAAUACCGCGCCCCCGGCGCAAAUGUUAGCAACCAUCAACGGGGUACUGUCGAGCGAAACGGCAAAUACCGUCGUAGCAAGCAGCCGCCAACCGGGUGUGAAGGCGCCACUGGUGACCAACGAGCUUGGCUUUGCGUUGGCGUCACCACCGGGGCCGCCAACCGCUUCCCCGAUGGUAAACAUGCCGGCGGAUACAUCCAACAACGGUUCAACGUGCUUCACCAGUACGCCCCUCUUUAGCACGAACGAUAGUGCCGCAUUAUCGUGCUUUACCUCGCUCCUCUGCAAACCCGCUGCCGCCGGUCAGUUGGAAGUGCACAAUAGCAACCCAAGCGUGACGGCACCACGUGACCGUGCGCAAGACAGUGCCUCGAUUCGAGCGAAUAAGCUGCAAACGAUCAAAAGGGCAAAGGUCAAUCCAACGAUUGUAUCCACCUACUCAAACAACAGUGCUGGUAACAUACUGCUCUCGAGUCCCUCGGUCGAGCUACAGCAACCGGUACACCAUCACCAUCACCAUCAUCACCAUCCGCAACCAUCACCAGCACCAGCAAUGCAGCUGCAAGGACCGUUUGUGCAGGUCAAUCCGUAUGCCAGCUUGCAGAACAUUCAGCUCACGCCCAGCCUAGCCGGUAUCACUGUCGUGCCCGCCUCUAAACCGAACACACUCGGUACCCUCGGCUCUUCUACACAGAUCGUAAUGGCGGCGGCGGCGGCGGCGGCGGCGGCGAACACGCACACGCAACUGCACCAUCACAACCAAGGGCAACCGGCUGCAUACAAUUUGCUCGGGCACAGCCAAACCAUCCUGCUACCGACCACCGGCAUGAUAGUGGCUGCCGAUGCGACCAACACUACCGCGACGCUACUGCAGGUACAAUCUGUGUCACAGUGUACCGGUGGCACGACACCGGUGCUAACGGCACCGGCCGGCCUCGUACUACGCACGCAAAGCAUGCCCACGGGACACAGCAAACCGACCGCGAGUUUUCUGCCCACUAUAACCCACCAGCCGUUCACGCUGAUCGCCGGUAGCGGUGCGAACGGCAACGGUAGACACGUUUCGCCGGGUACCGUACUGCAGCCGUCGGUUUUUGCUACCUCUUUUAAUGGCAUCAGAAGUGGUGACAGUGCGCCUGGUGGUAGUGGUGGUGGUGGUGCUUACGUUGGAAGUAACGCGGCCACUUCGUCGAAUGUCGUUGGUGCGAAAUCGAUUACCCAACUAGCACCGCACUGCACUCCACUGCAGCUACAACCACCGAUAGCGCUGGCGGCUAGCGGUGCGCGUAAGGUGGACGGUGUACGUGCGGCUACCGCGGACACGGCGCUACUAGAUGCGGGCACACCGUUCGCCGAGCCAGUGCUUGUGCACUGCGACACUACGGCACGCUGCCACGCGAUUAGCUCGGAGAGUUUCAGUAAGUUCGGUGGGUCCCCGGCGGAGGUAAAGGUGGCCGAUAGCACGGCCAGCAUUUACUACCUCAAGGAAGGUGGUUGUGCAGCCGGCAUCGAUGGUAGUACGUCUACAAUCAACAAAUGUACUGCUAGCGUGGAAUCGGUCGAACCGGCAGCACGCACGGCACGUGAUAAACAACCGGCGAAGAGAACGGGACCAGACCACCGUACCGUGUCGCUGACGAGCAACGACAACCGCUGCGCAAUGCUGGACGACAAUGGGAACGAAACGAACCGGAACGGGCUGGCAUUCGGUGGCGAUGGCCAGCGAGCGUAUCCGCUACCGAUUGGUAUCGGUGUAUCGCCCUUAAAGGAGGUGCCACGCAGCGUUCCCAUGGUGGUCGAUGCUUUGGAGGGACGAGCGAAACAGCACUCGAACGAUGCUAUGAGUCCAGGUCCAGGAUGUUCGUCGCAGCGCGGUACGAUUCCGCCGAUUCGCCCACCGGAUACCGCCGGCGUUUGCGGCCCGACCGAGACCGAGUCACCACCGGCAGCGACCUGCCGGUUUGGCGUUGGCGAUUUGGUGUGGGGCGCGGUACGAGGAUAUCCGGCCUGGCCGGGCAAAGUGUGGCCGGGACCGUCCGCCGCCGCCGGUCUGCAGGAAGAGCGCGAGCGCUGGCCAACGGACGAUUGUGUGUGGGUGCGAUGGUUUGGCAUUCGGCGCAUUAGCGCCGAAAAGGUGGCGGUGGCCACGUUGAAAAGUCUCUCCGAAGGCCUCGACGCACAUCACCGGGCGCAGAAGGAUGCGAGAAAGAGCCGUAAACUGAACCCACAGCUCGAGCAUGCGAUCCAGCAGGCUAUGCUGGAACUGGACCGUGCCGCAACGGCAUCAACCGAUGCACGCGCUACUGUCGAUAGGGCAGGGAGCAGAAUGGCUUCACUUGCUAUUGAUGCUAAGCGUUACUCUACGGGCCGGAAACAGCGCCAACAGCGGCGCCCCGGGCGCCCCGGUCGCCCCGGUCGCCCCGGACGCCCUCGGCGCCAUCACCGCAAGGGAAGAGUGGCCAACGAGCGGAAACUUCGCCACUGACGACGAGAGAUGUGUUUUUAUCCAUCCGCUACCUGUCAUGACGCGCGCAGUCAAAUCAAAGAAUGGACCCCAUUGGUUUGAAACGCUGAAAAGGGUUAAUUAAUUAAGCGAGCCUACCCGCGAAUGGCUUCGAUCGUAUGAUGCCAAUUAUAGCUGCUAAUCAAAAUUGUGAUUUCGUCUCUAGCGAAGCGAACCUUACUUUUCGUUUCCAACAGUAAUCAAUUACGCUUCCCUAAUGUUAUUUUUAUACACCAUGAAUUGAAUAGCUGCUAUAGACCAUGACCGCAUGGGUAGAUUGUUGAAAGAAGCGGAACACAUGCAGCGCGGAAUAGAGUUUGGAAAAGACCUCUUCGCUCUCCUGUUUCCAAAUGUGGCUACCACGAGAACUUCCAUUUGCUCUAUCUUUUGUUUGUUUGUUUGUUUGUUCAUGAAUUCGUUUUAAUGAGACGUUUUAAUCACAUUUCUCAGACUGUUUCUACUCAGUAGUGUUUUGGGACCCCAAACCCCCUGAAUGAUUACACAAGAGAUGUGAUGGUUGAGUCUUACCAAAUAUGUUUAAUUCAUCUCAAGUAGGUAGGAAAGGAAUAUAGAAACAAUCAAAUUGGAGCGGCGGGCAUAUUUGCGCUGUGUAUUGAUGAUACUGAUGUUAUCUUUCAUCGCUGCUAAUUAUUUAUGUAUUUGCCUAUAUACUGCGUGUACAGAAAGGAGAAAAGGUAAAGGCACCGCGUUCGAAAAUGUGUUAAUUUUAUGUUCAAGCUUCUCUAGUAUUGUAAUUUUAAUCACUUAAUGGUUGUUAUUGUUAUUUAUAAAAGAAAAAUCAACACCUGUUUUGUAAUUGAA